AUGGCAAUGCCGCACCGGCCUCUGCGGCCGAUAGCUAUCGCUCCAGCACCACCGAAAGCGCCACCAGUCCAGCAGCAUCGAGUCACCUUCUAUGAUCUGCCCGCCGAACUGCGCGUCGAAAUCUACAAGUUGACACUCGAGAGCGUGCGGCUACAAAUCUUGCCCGCCACCGCAGACAAGUCUCGCAAGCGACCACAUCCCCUAACAUUGACAACCCGCCAAGUCCGGCAUGAAGUGUUGCCCAUCAUACAUGCCACCUGUCCAAUCCUGUGCAAUGUCACCGACUUCGUCUUCGAUGGCCUACUCGAGUGGAUGUCCCGGGUCCCACCGCACGAAGAGCGAGUCCUCACCAAGAACGACAAUCUCACUAUUGCAUUUCACACCACCAUGCAGCAGCCUCCCAGGAUGAUGGAGAGCAUGCGGAAGUGGCUUCAUAUGCGUGCGGACCAGCAUCGACCUCAGCCGAAGUGGCAAUAUUCUGGUCCGACGCCGCCAUCGAAAGUGUGCGCGGAUCUGAGGCGGAGAGCGAAGCGCAUGAAGGAGGAAGGUAAGCAGGCGGAGCUACUCAAGAUGCUGAAAGCUCUCCAGAUCCCGUGUGGUGACGAGAACACUCGAGGAUCAGGGCGGCGGCAGAACGCUUGA